GAUGAGUUGAUGGUGGGUGGGGCGCCAGAAGGAGGGGCUUACCCGGCUAUAAGCAAAAAAAGUCAGCCGGGCUUAGCCAUUUGGAUAUGAAAGUUCCAUGCGCACUCAUGGAUAUCUGAGAGAGAAGAAGAGUUUAGGACACUGGCAGAUGCACAGAACGAAAAAACACAGCGACUCUGGCUUCAUCACUCAGUUGUUGGUCUUAUUAAAUUAGCCAUUUUUCUCCUGUUAGGUAUUUCGCACAGAACGAAUCCAAACAGUAAAAUGAUGACAAAACCAUUCGGGAAGAACGGGGAUAUGAGCGACCUGGUGAGCUCCCUUGGCUGGCUGGAGGAGGAGGAGGACGGUAGCUCACAGGAUGGAGAUGAAAGCCCAGAGAUGAGGGGGCACCAUGGUCUGAUCCACUCCUGCACAGAACUGGGCAGUGAAGAUAUGGAUGAGGAGGAGGAGGAAGAGGUUGAUGGUGAUGACAUUGGACCAAAUGGAGAAAACGCUCCCAAAAGGAGAGGCCCGAAGAAGAAGAAGAUGACCAAAGCCAGACAGGAGAGGUUUCGUGCCCGGCGGGUCAAGGCCAAUGCCAGAGAACGUUCCCGUAUGCACGGGCUGAACGAUGCCCUGGAAAGUCUCCGCAGAGUUAUGCCGUGCUACUCCAAGACACAGAAGCUGUCAAAGAUUGAGACUCUGCGGCUGGCACACAACUAUAUCUGGGCCCUGUCCGAGGUGCUGGAGAGCGGCCAGUCCCCGGAGAGCCACGGCUUCAUGGAGAUGCUGUGUAAAGGUUUGUCUCAGCCCACCAGUAACCUCGUGGCUGGCUGCCUGCAGCUGGGACCCAGUCCGAUGAUGCUCAACAAGCUGGAGGACAAGUGUGGGGGCCCGGGGGUGGGUGGUAUGGGGGGUCAGGCUGGCCAUCCCCUCAGCUACCCAUCCCCAGGCCUUCCCAGCCCCCCCUAUGGCUCCCUUGAGGCAUCCCAUCUCCUCCACAUGAAGGGAUUCAAGGGGCCUGUGUACGACAACCCCUCCUCAAACGAAUGCAGCAGUGGCACCCCGCCAUACGACGGGCCCCUCACCCCUCCCCUCAGCAUCAGUGGCAACUUUGCCCUGAAGCAGGAGCCUUCUCCCCGUGAGUCAGAGAGGAACUUCACACCCCACCCUGGCCACCAUGCCCACUACCUCUUAUCGCACCAUUACCCCACUUCUACGACGGGGGGCUUACCAGGUGGGCCUCAGAGCCACCCGCUCUUUCAAGCCUCACGUUAUGAGCUGCCCCUGGAUGUGGCCUAUGACUCCUUCACUCCCUCUCACCUCGUCACCUCUCAGAUGGGUAGCAUCUGAAAUGUGACAGUGAGAAAUUGGGAGGACCUGUGACUGACUGCUAUGAAACUUGCCAGGGGAGAACCACUGCUCCUGAAAAACAAUGGCCAAUGUAAUGACUGUAUAGAAAAUAAUGGUUUGCUUGUAUGUUGUCUAGUACUCUGGGAGAUCACCGAAUGCUCAGAGAGAGAGAGACUCAUCACCUCAACUCAAUCUACCUGAAACAAACAUGCACCCACAACUUUUAAUAUUUUAUUUAUUCGCUUUUGUUAUGAUUAAAUGUGGACAUUCGGAUUCAUUUUUUUUCUAUAUAAGUUGCCCCCUCGGUUGUUGCAGAGUGGAACUAAAGAUUAGUUUAACAAAUUCCCCUCAAGCAUCACAGAUUAUUCGUGUUCAGGGUUUAAACAAAAACAUGAAAGCAACAACAAAAAGAUUCAUCCUAAAUUGUGCCCUGAGGUCUAUUGCCAAUGUCCCUCUCGCCAUAAGAAAAGCAAUGCAUUUAUUUAUAUCUGUAUUUAAUAUUUAUUUUGAUAUGGUUUUUGUCCUUUUUAUAUUUUCAGUUUUUUGUUUCACUGUCUUCCCAGUUUGUUGUCACUCAUUGGCAGCUGUACUGUAUUUAAAUUAUUUAUUUGAGGUCUUUCAGGAACUUGUUCAUUUGGUGUCACAACUUUUGUCAUACUGUUGUAAAUAUUUUGCUGUUUCGCACUUAAUUGAAUAAAUAUUCUUAUAUUAUAUGCUAUUUCCAUAGUAACAAUGUUUUCCAUGUGUCUUCUUGUG